AGUAUUGUGUAACAAACUUGUCAACAAACGUAAAUACAAACAUGUUUGGUUCUUUAGUUUGGUUGUGUUGUUUGAGUGCCUGUUUACUUCUAGUUGGCGCUAGGGAUGCUGGUUAUGGCGACAAACACCUUUGUCUCAGCGAAGAAUGCCUUGAAGCUGGCCACAUUAUCACCAGUAAGCUGGACAGAAGCGUUGACCCUUGCGAAGACAUGUUCCAGUUCUCUUGUGGUGGAUGGAUGAACAACAAUGAAAUACCGGAGGAGAUGCAGCGAUGGUCAGCUCUGGAGGAAGUGAGCUCAAAAAUUGAGGAGCAACUACUGGAACUAAUUCAUCAAGACGGAUGGAUCUUUAAGGGGAACCAAUCCAGUGCCAUUAAAAAGCUGAAACAGUAUUACCUCUCCUGCGUGGACGUAGGUACCAUUGAAGAAAAAGGUGCCGCGCCACUGAAACAGCUAAUAGAAGACUUUGGCUCCUGGACUGUCACACGGACCAAGAAGCCAUGGAGGAAAGACAGAUGGAAUCUCCAAGACGCGAUCCUUAAGACUCACGCCUUGUGGGGAUCAAGUUUCUUUGGAAUAGGCAUUGUCGAAGAUGAAAAAAAUGGCUCCCGAAAUAUAGUGACAAUUGCUCAAGGGGGAGUAACCUUGUCUGAAAUCGCUGAGACCUACAAUGAGAAGUCUACAAGAGAUUACUUCAUGAAGGCUGCCUUCAAACUUGGAGAGCUCCUGGGUGGAAGUAGGCACAGUGUCAAGGCCAAGAUGGCCAAGGUUUAUAACCUGGAAAAGAGUCUCGCUCAGAUAUUUGUUUCCAAGGAAAUCUUGACCAAUCCGUUGAAUCGUUACAACUUAAUGACGCUUAGAGAGUUUCAGAAGUUAAUUGGAUCCUGGAUUAAUAUGGAGAAGUAUAUGGAGACUGUAUUCCGUGGCCGAGUUUUAAGCUAUGACGACGAAAUCGUGGUCGCCACACCAGACUAUUUCAAGAAACUUCAAAAGGUCGUUAAAGACACAGAUAAAGAAACUCUUGCCAAUUACAUCAUGUGGAACUUCAUUCUGCCCACUGUGGGUUACCUCCCCGAAGAGUUCGAAGCUGUUGACAUCAAGCAAAUUAUGGAGUCAGAAGACGAAAUUGAGAUCCCUCUGUCUAGGCAGAAGACGUGUUUAGAAAAAGCUGUGAAGGUCAUGCCCCUUGCUGCCAGCGCCCUCUACAUUGACCUCUUCUUCUCACAGGAAUCAGAUGUCAAGGUUGUUACUGCCAUAGACGACAUUGAGCACGAGUUUAUAAAAAAUCUGGACGAGCUCAAUUGGAUAGACCAAGUCACGAAGCAGAACCUGAGAGAGAAAGCCGAGUCUAUGACCAACCUGGUUGGCUUUCCGGACUGGAUCCUCAGCCCCAGCAAACUAGACGCUUACUAUAAAACGCUCGUUGUGUACCCAGAUGAUUUCUGGGGUAAUUUUAUUAGCGCUGUUCAAUUUGAAACCAACCGAGUUCUGGACAGCUACAAAAAGCCGCCAGCGAGAAACAAGUGGGAAAUCCCCCCGCAUGAGGUCAACGCCUAUUAUUCUGUAACGGACAAUCAACUGGUCGUGCUGGCAGGUAUCUUACAUGAGCCAAUCGUGUCUGCAUAUUACCCAACCUCAUACCUAUAUGGAACGAUUGGAUCCAUUAUUGGCCAUGAGAUCAUUCAUGGUUUUGACAACAGCGGGCGUCUAUAUGAUAAAGACGGGCACUUGCGGGACAGUUGGACGCCUCAUGUGGCGGAAGAGUUUGACCAGAGGGCGCAAUGUUUUAUUGACCAGUACGACUCCUACCUAGUAUACAACCACAGCCUGAGUGGUUUACUAACUCUGGGUGAGAACAUUGCUGAUAAUGGCGGACUGAAACUUGCUUACAGAGCUUACAAGAAUUCGAUCAAGCCUGAAUUACGUUUACCUGGACUGGAUCUCACAGACGAUCAACUCUUUUUCGUUGGCAUGAGUCAUUUUUAUUGUGCCCUGUAUACAGAGGAGUACGCUAUAUCCAGUAUACGUACUGACGAGCAUGCCAACAAUGAAUUUAGGGUGAUAGGAUCCAUGUCAAAUAGUAAAGAAUUCGCCAAGGCGUUUAACUGUAAAGCGGAUACGCCUAUGAACCCGAGGAAAAAAUGUGAAAUUUGGUAGACGUAAACAGCAGAAUCGAAUGGGUUCGGGUUUGUACCCAUCGCAUUUUAUGAAUCUUUGCAUCGGGAUAUUAAAAUUUCAUUUUAAAAAAUU